AUGAAAAACCUCGUGACAAGAUCUUUCCUCAGUUAUGCGGACCUCAACAAGGAGGCGAUGAAGGACAUAGAGGCCGGUGGUGGAGACGAAAACCAGGAUGAAAGACAAAUGACCGACGAAAGCCUCCGUGUAUUCUACCAAGAGGUGGAACUGCUAGAGGAGGAAAUGGCGUCCAUUCGCAAGCUUCUUGCUUUUCUCAAGGCCACCAACAAGGAUAGUAUGUCAGCCGACAGACACAUCUUGAAGGUUGUCAAGAUCUCCCUAGGCAUUAGAGGGCGCAUCGACGACGUGAAGCGCUCCAACGCGGCCAAUGGUCGUCUCCCCUGUUGCAGCGAAGGAACAUCUGUUAACUGUGCCAGGCCGGGAGGUAUCUUCCGAGGAGGUGUUGGAGAAGAUGUUUUCCGAAGGGAAGAGCGAGGAGAUCCUAAGGACAGCCAUCUAUUCAAGUGGGCGGAGCAAGGUUACUGA